CAACAAUAAACUACUGGUACCCCCAUACACGACCCUGACAGUUUGUAGCACCAAACACUCGCGCGCAACAUAAUCUCGACGAUUUGUUGUUCGACGCCUACGACUUCGAUUGUACAGGAAGACGAUUUACGAUAUGACGGACGGGCAACGCAAUACUACAAAGCACCGAACGACGACGACGACGACAACGACGACAUUAAUAAAACCAUGGACACGGGCGGCAACCCUGUCACCUUGGACGGCGUGCUCCUUACUGAGUACCCGGCCACUCAUGACGUAUUUUGCAACAACGCGGCAAACGCCGAGCUAUUCCAGAUCCUCACGGAGGUCUACAAUAGCACCGAGCAACCCGAGGCGCGCUCCAAGCUAGUCACCCUCUUAUUUUCCUUCCUUGAGGAUGGCAUUUCCCACAGCAAUUUCCUCUCCAGCGAGGUGGCAAUGCACAAAGCGCGUGCCGACAAUCUCCAAACGAACUUCAACAAACUGACAGCUCAGUUCAUGGAGGCGUCCGCUGAGGCCAGUGCCGCCAGAGCUGUCAGACCAGCAGGCCCUGGUAAGAAGAAGGCCCAGGACAACGUUGAGAAGUUCAGCGGAGAUCAGAACGUCCAGAGUGGCGAACGACAGCGUGCCUUCCGAGCAUGGAAGAAUAGUCUGAUCUACAAGCUAGACGAGGACACCGAUGACUACCCUACGGAAGAAUCAAAAAUCAAGUACGCGGCCUCCCGAACCAAUGGAUCUGCGGCUGAUAUGGUGUCUGGAAUCCUUCUCGCUGUUGCUGACCGAAUCCCUUUCCACCAGUGGCAGUGGCAGUCUCUCGACGAUAUGCUGAAAGCUCUUGGCGCGAUAUAUGACGUCACCAAUCCCGUCAAAGACGCUGAAGACGCUUUGAGUACUCUCCGUAUGGGAGGACUCUCUUGGCCCGAAUUUUACGGAAAAUUCUGCCAGUACCACGCUCUUCUCAAGUACGACAAUUCAAGCAAGGUUGCUCAACUCUCCCACAAGGUUAGUGAUGACCUCGCAAACGCUGUCGCGCUACAAGUCUCUACACCCGCCCCUGAUGACGUUACUGCCUGGGUACAUUUGUAUUCUACCCUCUUCGAUAAUCAGCAGCGCCUCAAGACUCGUAACGCUGGCGGCGGCAACGACAGAGAAGGCAAUAGAGGGAGCACGCAGAACCAAACCCCAAAAGACCCCGACGUUAUGGAAAUCGACAAGAUCAACAGCAUCGUUUAGAAGGCCGGCGGACUCGGCAUAAACCGCAAACUGUAUAACUACCGCAAGAACAACAGCCUCUGCCAUGGCUGCGGCGACGAAACCCAUUACUGGCGCAGCUGUCCUUUUCGAGGCUACGACGGUAACCAGCAGAGGGGCCGCGGUGGAGGCCAGGGAAGAGGCAGAGGCGCU